CUCGGAUUUGGGUUUUUAACGGAAUUGGGCUUGAAGGUUUUCGAUAAGUAGCCUAGACUAUUCCUAAUCCAUUUGGCAGACGUCAUUAUGCAUCUGCAUGCAGAAGUGUUGUUGCGUGUUCAUCGAUAGCCUUUUUGACAGAUAAUUUCAAAUCGCCUACAUCAGAGGAAUCGGAUCCAGCAGCCAGAUUACGCCAAAAACAGAACAGGGACAUCAACAUAAUUUCACUAAAUUGACAUCAGCAGAUUAUCAGAGCAAGGAGAGGAAAGAGGUUGACAGAGAAAACGAACUAAAGCAGUACUUUUAGAAGUCAUCACAUGGGAGGGAGAGAAAGGGACAUAUAAGAUUAAUAUGUCACUCACUUCUAUCCUUUCUGCGGAGGAUAUCGAGAAUGCCGUCAAGGAGUUCCAAGCCCCAGACUCCUUCAGCUUCAAGAAAUUUUUCCAGCUGUGUGGCCUGACCUCCAAGUCUCCCAAAGAAGUCAAAGAUGUCUUCCAGAUCCUUGACGACGACAACAGUGGCUACAUCGAGGAGUCAGAGCUCAAGUUCUUCCUGCAACGGUUUGUUCCCGGGGCGCGGACGCUGACGGACGCUGAGUGCAAAGGCUUCCUGUCUGCAGCUGAUGAUGACAACGACGGCAAGAUCGGAGUAGAAGAAUUCCUGAUCAUGGUCCAGUCCUGAGAGAUCCAUGGGCGCAGAGAGAGCAGCAGGUGUUCAUUCUCCUCUCCUUCCUCCAGCUUCCAGCCUCCAGUCUACUUCCUCAAGCCUACAGCAGCUUCCAUUCCUGGGAAUUUGAUUUUCUCUGUCCUGCUUGAAUUGUACCCUUCAAAUUUAGUUUUUUUUCAGAGCCCCUCUCUAUUCAAUAAAAUUAUUAAUCCGUGAAACCAUUUUUGUUUGCCUUUUUAUGAAGUUCUAGAAGGUUGUAUAGCUGUGUCGCCCCAUGUUUCCUUCCAAUGCGCACGACAUUGUCUAUCAAAGAGAUUAAUAAACACGUUGUAACCUAUUGUG